GUUGAAAGAAGCUGCCAGACCAAAUUGGGCAUGCAGCCCGGCUGUGCUGCGCCUGCUUCUCAAAUAUCAACGGAGGCCCCCAUCAUUCUGCGGCUGGCGAAGGGAAGCGCUUUUGAUUAUUUGAUAACCCAUUAGGACCAGAUUGUCCAUGCGACCUACCAUAGACAACUACACUGUAUUACAUUCCACGGAACAACUUACGUGGUCCUCAGUCAAGAGCAGUCACAUAACAUCAAUCUAGCGGGCAGUAUCGACACAUCCAAAACUCCGACAUGAGUUUCCGGACAGUUUUGAGACGGACACCGAAGGGAGGUGGAGGUUCAGGAGGUCACGGCAGCAGCAGCAGCAGCUCGUCUCAUGGUGGAAGUUCAUCAUCCUCGAGCAGCAAGGCAGGAGGCGAUAGCAGCUCGAAGGGCAGCAGCAGUAGCAGUAGCACCACAGUCGUUUACGCUGGUAGCGGCGGCCAUCCCAGCGGCGCGAUUGGAGGUUCGCCACUGCCUUGGUGGGCAAUCCUGCUGAUUGUACUGGGCAGUCUCUUCAUCUUCAUAUUCUUCAUAGCGCUUCUUAUCUAUUACAUGAAGGAACGUGAAUGCAAAGCCAAAGGGGCAAAAGCUCGCAAAGCGCAUGCAGUCUGGAAAGCCUUUUGCGUGGCGAGCGGCCUAUGGUUUCCAAUAUUGCUCUUUAAGCUAUUGAAGGAAAGGAAGAGCCUAAAGUCCGCUGGCUCUUAUAGUAAGAUCGAUGAAGGCCAUUCGACUAACCAUACCGCGUGGCACGGAACUUCCUCGACUGCUGCGGAUGCACCAUAUUCGUAUGGCGGCACUGGAUUCAAGCAGGCCUCAAGUGAAGGCGGCAGCAGAUAUGAGCCAAUGGGCUACAAUUCUGCUGCGGCUACACCAAGGCAUACAGAGACAUCGGGAGCGCAUCCCAUCAUUAUCGGUCCUAUUGAACAGACCAGUUCAAUUCCCUUGCCGACUUCAAGUCCUUCUCCAGCUCCAAGUAUGGUAAGUGCCAUGACAGCACCGCCGCCUUAUUCUGGUAGACCCAGAGGUGGUGUCGAUAUUUAUAAACUACCAGCACUACAAGCGCCGUAUGUGCAAGCACCACAACCAGCAGCAUCACAAUACAGUCAGGCCGAAAUGCAGACUGUCCCAAACUCUGGUCUUUCUGCUACAUAUUUCAGCGCACAGCCGACUUACGCUAAAACUGGACACAGUUGAGGCUUGCUUCCGGCUUCUGGGUUCUCGCAUAUAUUGAUGGUGAAUAUUAAAUAGGUGUGGAACAUGGAAGAAUGAUACGAAAUAAGUGCAGCCAGAGAUGUGACAUGGCCCAAUAAAAUGGCUCCUCUAUUUAUGUCUUGCCCGUUCUAGAACUCUGCUCUCAUGCCUCCUAUAGUCCAUAUAGUCUAUCAAAGACAAUAGUUCAGA